AGCCAAUCACAGUGGUCCCAGGAUGUGUAAAUGUUAGUCUAAAGUCAGAAUCAUUCACUUCAGUUAGUCCAGCGCUGGUUCAGCAUUAAACCAUGACAACGUUUUUAGCAAUAAUAAUUCUGAAUACUGCAUUGCUGAUUCAGGCCGAAGAGGAUCCUCAAUCACUCUAUUUAAAGACAGUUGAAAUUGGAGAUAAUGUUACUCUGGAUUGUCUAGCUUUGAAUGACCAGAAUAACAUUAAAAUAUUAUUCUGGCAUAAACAAUCUCUGGGAUAUAAUCCCCAAAUGGUAGCAAGCAGAUAUUAUAUAUCAAAUGAGAUUCAACCGCCCUUUACGUCAAGGUUCACUGUGGGAGAAGGAAGUAACUUCUAUUUGACAAUCAGCAACGUUCAAAAAGAGGAUGAAGGAAAUUAUUUCUGUAAUCAAGGAGAACAACAUCAAAAGAUUUGGAAUAAUGGUGUUUUCCUGACCAUCAAAGAUCCCAGUGACCAGAGGUUUGUCUCCCAGACUGUGGUCCAACAGCCUGUGUCAGCAUCAGCUCAGCUGGGAGACCCUGUGGCUCUCCAGUGCUCUAUUACCUCCCAGAGGACGGACCACAGUAACCAGUGCCAAGGGGAACCCAGUGUGUACUGGUUCAGAUCAGGACCAUCUCACCCUGCUGCCAUUUACAUGAAUGGAAACAGGAGUGGUGAAUGUCAGAAUAGUUCUGGGCCUCCGUCUGCUCCACAGAGCUGUGUCUACACUCUCCCCAAGAACAAUGUAGACUCCUCUGAUGCUGGGACUUACUACUGUGCCCUGGCAGCAUGCGGGGAAGUUGUGUUUGGAAAUGGAACCAAGCUGGACAUAACAGAACCCUACAGACAUCUGGUUACCGUGGUGCUUGGAAUACUGUUGGCUUGCUGUCUGGUUGGGAAUAUUAUCCAGUUCAUAUCCAGAAAUAAAAAUAAAGUUUGUGAGCAUUGCAAAGGAAAUCCUAAAGUCUCCUACCAUGUUUUACAUGCCUCAGUGAUACAAGAACAACAGCGUUUGGUAGUAAGACCAAGUUCUCUGUUGUAUGAGGAGGAAGCAGAUUCCUUGAACUACGGUGUGUUGGAGUUCUCCGACAGGAAAGCCAAAGGAAGGAAGAAGAACAGUGAAAGGACUCAGGAGUGUCUGUAUUCCGCUGUGAGAGAAACCUAGGAGUAAAAAGUGAAAGAUGAGAUAAGAAGCUCAAAUAGCUCUUCAUAACUCUAGACGGUGGUUAAGUUCAAACUAUGUGUUUUAAAUGUGGAUGAACCCACAUACGUUUCUUUUUUGGAGUUUAUAGAAACUUUCAGGCAUUGCUGUAUACAAAUAUCCAUAAGCAGCAUUGUUUUGUGUAUAAUGUUCAGCAAAACCAUACUGACUUAAAUAACAAAUAUGAUCAGAUUACAAUAUUAUUAUUUUCUUGACGUAAUGUUCCAAACAACUUAGUUAGAUGGACUGCUUUGUGGGAAAAUAACUGAGAAAAUGAUUGCAACUAAUUUUAUAAAAAUAAAACUUGGAAAUGUUCAUUGUUUUUCAUUUAAAGGGAAGGCUGCCACAAUUAUGUUAAGCUGUAUAGCAUCUGAUUGGUGACUUUUUAAAAUGAUAACAAUUUAGGAUGCGAAAGGCAGGAAAGAGUAAUGCAAGAGAUGACGCUGAAUCAUUAACAUAGAGGACCCCUGUUUUAGCACAAGUUAUCAACUUGCCAUUUCUAAACAUAACCCCUUUGUAACACAAUGUGGGCGUAUCCAACCAGCUGGGAGGGUUUGACUGGUGCACUGCGUCAACUGGUAGGCUGGAGUUGAUUUUCAUAUAUCUUGACUGACACCUCACACCCAUGUAAACAAACAUUUUUUGCUUCUGAAAUGAGGUUAUACAUAUAUUGGUGUAUUUAGGGGUGAAUCGGUUCACAAAACACGAGGUUUGAUAAGAUACGGAAUGGUUUCGGGUUACGGUUCGGAACAGUUUCCAUACAUAGACAAAAUAAAUGCCUGAUCAUUUUCACUUGUAUGUAGAUAUUACAUUUAUUAUUUUAACAGUAAUCAACAAGGAUAGCUUGGCGAUAUAUAUAGUCAUAUGGAGAUGAUAUAUAUAUCUAUAUCUAUAUAUAUCUAUAUAUAUAUCAUCUCCAUAUGACCUGGAACAUGCCAGUGGAUAUGUGUACAGAGAUGACUCCAGAGAGAGAAGGGGGAGAACACAAAGAAGAUAUAAAAACGAGGGCAGGCCCUUCACUUAACACCUGACAAGACAGAGACAACAUCCUUGGCUGUGUACGAAUGGUGGCUAUGUGUCUCUGAAAUGGACUCAUGUAGCAACUGUUGUCUCCAUUGCAAUAGGAUCCCAAAUGAGUACUUAUAUUAGAUAUUAGUACAACUGAAAUAAAAUCAAUCAAUCACUUCAUUAAGACUGUCAUCCAAAUUGGUGGUAACAUCUACCUUAAUUAUUUGACUUGACUCUUUAUUAAAGCACGUACCAGAUAACAUACUAUACUACAAUAAAAAUCAUUCCCUGUUCACGAAACUGACAGUGACCAUUCAGGUUCAGUCAGUAAUAUAUAUA